AUUUGAUGCUCCUGCCGAACUAGGCAGUAAUGUGCGAUUAUUCAUAUCCUGCACACGCACUGUGGUUGGUUGGUCGCCAGCCCCUUCGAGUUAGGCCAAACUAACAACACCGAUUCCCGUAAAUAGGUGCAACACAAUGGCAGAAAUCAAUAGAAGGAUGUCAUCUCACACGUACGAUUGACGCAAGACCCGCGACAGACUGGCGCCGCUUGCUGUGAUGCUGUAUCUAUACUUCUCAUUCCUCAUUCAUUUCGAAAGACCACGUCGUUUUUUUGUGUGGCUACUACGAUGCCAACCAGGCUUGGAAUCGUUCUUACCAACAGUGCGGACGGGAUUUUCUAUCCUGGCCAGGAAGUGAUUGGCGAUGUGAUUGUGACCUUAGGAAAAAUCUGUAAUGUGUCCAAGCUGAAACUCACGAUAUUCGGAGUAGGCAAAACGAAAUGGUACGAACGGCAAGGUCGUGGUUCGAUAGCUUACAAAGGAAAGGAACGGUACCUUUACUCUGAGCUUAUUCUUUUUCAACCCAAUGAAAAACAAGCGGAAAUUCAACCUGGAUCAUACAAUCAUGGGUUUGCUUGCGUGCUGCCGGAAACUUUACCAGCAUCAUUCGAAGGAAAACGGGGCCACAUCCGCUACUGGCUGAAAGCUACACUCGAGCGUCCCUGGAGGCAAUCGAAGACACAUUCACUAAAUUUCCAAAUCGUUAGACAGCUGGAUCUAAAUAACGAAAUUCUUUUGCCAGUGAGAUCAGAACUGACCAAAUCUCUCGGCUACUGGCCAUGCGUCCCUAGUGGUAUACUGUACGCUUCUGUGGAGUUGCCAACAUCCGGUUUUGUUCCGGGUCAGUACAUACCCGCGGUCAUACAGGUGAACAAUAAAGGGGGCAAUAAAAUUUCCCGAAUCGUUACCAUGCUAGUUCAGAAGAUAACCUACAAUGCGCGACGUCCGAAGUUACACCAGAAAGUGAAACGGUUGGUGGUAUGCAAAAGCGUAACGCCGGAAAUCUGCUUACCAGAAGGGGGAGUUCUUGCAGCGGAAAAUCUGCAGGUACCCUGGGUUCUUCCUACCAGCAGCUACGCACGGGUAGUAGAAAUCGGAUACGAGCUGGUGGUUGAGUUCGAGAUUGACACCUGCUUCUUCAAUGCCAAUCAGAGUGUUCGGGUACCGGUGGUGAUCGGAGUUAUUCCGGCCCGGGAUUCGGAUAUCGUGGAGAGCAAUGCUAUGCGGCUUUGGACGCGAAAGGCGUAAUUAUCAAUUACUGUUGCUGUUGUUGAGAUGUCUAAGGGAUUAUGCGUACCGGUCUUUCAUGCUUCACUUCUUCUAGCAUAUUUAUCGUUGUCCAUGGGAGU